UUAGUAUUCAACUGGAUCAAGGGGCGUAUUAUGCAGUGUAGUGGAUUACUAGCACUAUGUUGUGCUUUGGGGUGAACUCAAUGAGGCUAGAACACAUUUUCCAGUGUUUAAAAUUUAUAUGCAUAAUUGUGUAUGAGUGCAUACAUAAAUUAAAUGUUGUUGUUUUGCUUUAAAGUUUAAGAUAUACUCCGAAAUCAGAAGCACAAUGGUUCAAACUCAAAGCCCUAACUCACUGCCUUGAGAUUGAGCGCCGAUUAUCAUGGAGCUUCCCGAUUCCACCGGCAAUGACCUCAACCUUAAUGCGCCGUUGUCGCAGCCACAACACAACAACAACCACCAAAACGCUCGCUCAGGCCUCAGAGUCGACCUUAACGAGAUCCCUUCGCCUUCCUCCUUGUUUGCCGAAACCCUACUGGACUCCGUCACCGUCGUCGUCCGCACUUAUCAUGAGAACCCCGAGCCGCUGUCGGGAGCCCCCGCUGCCAUCCCAAGCAGUAGUCUCGCUCCUUGCGCUGCUUCAGUUUUGGAUGACCUAGUUGAAGAGCUUGGGAAAGGGGAUUUCGACGUGUCCAAAAAUACGACAUCGUUCUCAACAAGGAGAGGUUAUGUGAACAAAGAGAUAUUAGGGUUUCCCAAUUUGAGGCUGAAGGUUGUGCUGGAAGCGAUGAGAAUAGCUCUGGAGGUUGUAUACAAGCAACAUUUCUCGAAGAUCUCGCAUGGUUGCCGGAGCGGGAGGGGUUGUGCCGCCGCGUUGAGGCUGUCGAUGAAAUAUGAAGGCAUAUGCGGUAGAGGGCUAAAUGAGCGAGACAGGUCUGGCUCCGUGUUGCGCGAUUGGUUUAGGAGACAGUUGAAUGGAGAUGAUGUUUGGAAGAGUUCUGGUGUGAAAGUUUACUCUUGUCGCUAUAUGGAUGAGAUGUGUUUUGUAGUUUAUGGUUCAAGGGGUGUUGCUGUAAUUUGAGCAUAACAGAGUUUGGGGGUUUUCCAGAGUUAUUUGAGCAGUUCUUUGUUGUUGGAUGUAGGUGAUCAACUGAUGAAUUGCCUUGUGAUGGGUCUCAUGGUAUCCGAUUUUUGGGAACUUUGGUGAGAAGAACAAUUAGGGAGAGUCUUGCUGUAAAAGUUGUUCACAAGUUGAAAGAAAAAGUGGAGCUAUUCACUCUCUAAAAGGUGGAGAUGUGGAAUUAUGGGACACAGAAUUGGGAAGAAAUGGUUGGGUCAUGGUUUGAAGAAAAUUAAGGAAUCAGAAAUCAAGCAUCCUGUGACAAAAACUGAGACUGUUGCUCCUAUUAAUGUCAUAAAGAUGUGUCUACUGAGAUAUAGAUAUACCCACGGUCUAUUAAUCUAUUUCCUCGGUUCACACAAACGAGGCCAAAAGUCUGGCUAAAAAAUAAAGAACACCCUCUACUACCUAUGUUGCAUUUGAACCGAGGAAAAACAUACAUUUUUUUACCUCAGUUUAGAACUGAGGCAAAAAGUGGACUUUUUGCCUCGCUUGUAUAUACCUCGGUUGUAGAACCGCUGCAAAUA